CAAUCAAAAUUGCAGACGCUCUCGACUGUCACUACAAUGCUUAGAACAGAGAUUAAAACAGUUAAGUCGUAGUAAUCUUGGACAGUAAGGGACUGUAUUUUGUACGUACUCGUGACGUAGGAACCAGCAGAUGACCAUCGACUACAUCUGACCAACAGCUGGCCAUGAUCAUGUCCCUCUAACAUCGUCUAACCUGCUAACCUUUUGUCAUGGAUCCUCAGCGUAAAAGCCCAGAGCAUACAGGGACUGAACAUAAGUUUGACAUCAAGAUCGAGCGUCCACCUUCCAAGCCAGAUAUCUGGGAGGAGCUGCUCUCAAUCCUACAGAAGAUCCUUGACUUCUGUGUGUGCUGUAUCACGUGUGGGUGCUACAAGAGAGAGAAAAAUGGGGUACUGACUGACGAGUAUGGAAUGAUUCUAUUGGACAAUGAAAAACAGGCUGUACAAAAUCUACUUCUAUAUCUGGAGAGAGAUGAGAAGGCGGAACCUGUUUUAACAAGUGAACACAUUCGAGCUUUGAGCAUUCUGACAUACUCGGACAAUGCAGAGCUUCAGAGGUCUGCAGCAUUGUGUAUGCUGGAAAUCAGCGAGAAGUUGAAGACUGAGCUGACAGUGGCCUUGGGACGACCUUUGGUAGAACUCCUUCGUUCCACAGACACACAGGUCCAGAAGGCCUCCACCCUCGCCGUCAGUAACUUCUGUUUGUCAGGGGCAGAAACCAACAAAGAGAUUCUAAUGAGACUUGGAAUAGUGGAUCCUUUGGUAGAACUGCUUCAUUCCAGAAAUGUGGAAGUCCAGUGUAAUACAUGUGGCUGUAUAACUGCUCUAGCUACUACUGAUGCUAAUAAGCAUUCCAUUGUGUCUUGUAAUGCUGUCAAGCCCCUUUUACAUCUAAUGCGUUCUGCAGAUCUACGUGUAAAGAGAAAUGCUGCAGGGGCCAUACUGAAUUUAACACAUAUACAGUCCAACAGGAAUGAAUUAGUGAAUCAUGGAGCCAUUCCGACACUGGUUGAGCUGAUCCAUAUGUCAGAUUAUGAUAUUCAGUACUAUAGUGCAGCUGCACUCAGUAACAUUGCUGUCAAUCAAAAACACAGGGCCAUGAUGAUUGCUGUUGGACAUUUUGAUGUGAUCAGACAACUCAUCAGACUUUUAUCUUCAAAGAAAGACAGGGUAAAAUGUCAGGCAUGUUUUGCUCUAAGGAAUUUGGCAUCAGAUGAUGAGAACCAGUUGUUGGCAGUGGAGAAUGGUGCCCUGCCCCCAUUACAUCACAUUCUAACUUCCUGUCGGUCUGACACACUGGCUGCAGCUGCUGCUUGUCUAAGGAAUCUCUCUAUACACAAACUCAAUGAAGCAGCCUUCAUACAUGAAAACUUGGUACCAGAUCUUUGUCAUGUUGUCUGUGAUAGUUCUAACCCAGAGGCCCAAAAACACAUAGCAGGAACUCUACGCAAUCUAGCUGUCAGUGAAUAUGUACGCACCUUGAUAGAGAAUGACUGUGUAGAGGCCUUGACCUUUGUCCUUCUGGAUCUGGAGUCAAGGAUACCUGUCCUGUCAGAGGUCACAGCAGCUCUAGCGGUCAUGGCUGAUGAAGAUGAUGUAAAGUACAAGCUGAUACAUCUACAGGGUGGUAAAGCGUUUAGUAAACUGGUCACCCUGGCCUCACUGUCUAGUCACAGAGAAAUACAGUACAACAGCGCCGGCACGCUGGGACAACUGGCAUUAGUCAGUUUACCAACUGAGCUAAAAGAGGCUAAUAAGAAGGGCAUUGUUCUUUACAUUGAUAAGUUCCUAAAAUCUCCUGAUCCAAGCUUUGUACAUGUGGCUCUGUGGACUCUAAAUAUGCUACUUAAAGAUAUAUUUUUCCUGAGGGCUUUCACUGACCACAGCAUUGAGUCUGUUAUCGACCAAGUCAAAUUCACUCAUCAACUGACAAAAAUCCAGGACCUCUCUAACAGUGUAAUCGAUCAGCUCCAUGGGGUCAUGACCUCUUCAACCUCUAGCGAGGACUGACUUUUACAUCAGGGAGGAAUUCUGAGAAUAAUUUAAAGAAUCUCUUCCAUAUUUGUUAUCUUACUUAUAUGAAUGAACUUGGGCAUUUUCCAUGAGAGAAACAAGCUUUCUGCUCUAUUGUUAUCUAAAUUCAUAAUUUUAAGGUUGUCAUCAUCAGUACUUUUUUAUGUGCUUGCAUACAAACUGCUGGGCAUUAUGAAAAAUCCAUCUUACUAGAACUCAUUUCUUCACUUUACAAAGUGAUAUGUCAGUUAAUUACUGUAAACCAACAUUGUACGUAUGCGAGAAAUAACAAUGAAUUUCGCAAUGUAUUUGUGAAUAUUUCUCGAUGCAAACCAAAGAUUUACUUAUAUCUUUAUGUUUAGUGUUUUCUCAGUCAUGAAAAGUAGUUGUUGCAGAUUGAUUUCAAACUGUGGGAUAGCAAAUAAAAGGUGUUGCAAAUAAUAGUUGGUUUACAGUACCUGAUAUCCAUAAAGAGAUUGCUGUACUAACACUUAAAAUGGGCCUCAAGCUACACAAAUUAAUGCAGCAGUAUUCAUUAUAUUUCAUUACUUGUAGUUGUAGGUUAUUCUUAAAAAAUUAAAAGAAAGAGAACCAAGCUGUAAUUUUAAGAAUAAAAAACUCUGAAAACUAGAAGCAAGAAUAUAGAGAAGAGUUUUUCUUACUUGUGGUUGAUUCAUGAAGUUAUUGUUUAGAAAUGUAAUCUCACUGAUUUAGUAUUUUGUUAGUGGCAAAUUGGUCAGCUGUGUUUAUAAUAUUAAGAUAAUGAUUAUUGUGCAAAGGUGAAAUAUUGUUUGUCAGUCCAAGAACUUUUACAUGUAUUAACAUUGUCGUCUUAGAACCAUUUUUAAUAGUUUAUUUAUUUAUUUAUGUUUUAGACAUGUGUACUCUUGAAUUUUUUAUACUGGUAAGGAAAUAUGGAACAUAUGUUGGCAAUGUCAUUUAUUUCCCUUGCAAAUCCAUUAUUUAUUUCAAGGUUUUUUCUAUGUAUUUGAAAUAUGCAAUGUAUAAAUUAGGGCUGUGUCAAUAUAUCGAUUAUUCAAUACGUAUCGGUAUUCAGGAAUGUAUCGUAUCAAAAAAAUAACUUCCAAUACGUAUCGGACUGGCAGUUUUUCUCAUAAUUCUGUGAAAAAGUUGGGAAUUUCAGUCACCAAAGAUUAUUUUUAACUGUUUUUAAUUAAAACUGGUCAAUAAUGAAAUAAUCAUGAAGGAGAUUGCACAUCUUAAAUAACUAUUACAAAUUACAUAGACAACUAUAUUUUAACAUGUUAGUUUUACAGCCAUUAAAAGUUUGAAUUUGAAGUGUACUUUAAAAAGACAGUUAGACAUGAACUUCCAAUUUGGUAAUAAAACACCCAGUUUUUAUCAAAAGUAUGCAUUAAAUGAUUUACCAGACUUUUUUGAGACUUUUUUGAUAGACUUGUUAAAGAAUCCAAUAUAUUGCAUAUCGCUUUAUAAAAUAUUGUAUUGAAAUAUUUUGCACAAUACACAGCCCUAGUAUAAAUGCAACAAGACCUGUUCUGGUACUUACAGAGACAUAACUAAUACAUGUAUGCAACUUCAGAUUUGUAUUUUUGUGAAACAAAUCUUUUUUUUUAUUCCAUCAUUUUAUAUAUAUGUUUAAACCAUUAUUGUGAAGUUUGACAUUUUUACAUUUUUGUACAAUACUAAAAAACCAUUCUUUUAAUGAAUGUAUUAUGCUUAUUAUAAAAACUAAUGUCCUAGAAGUACAACAUACAUGUACUUGUGAAAGAUCCUUGGUAGUAAGUGUAGAUGGGGAUUAUCAUCUCUUUAAAUUGUAUAUUUUACACCUUACUUUUUUGAAGUUUUAUAAAUGUGUAACCAGUAAAUGCAAUUUAAAUUCC